GCACUUUCCAAUGGGAAUUGCGACUCGAGUCCGAUGGUGACGAACGUCACCCUGUCUCCGUACUACCAGCACUCGCUGGCGGUGGCGGCCGUGUACACGCUGGCCUACCUGCUCAUCUUCCUGCUGUGCAUGGUGGGAAACGGGCUGGUGUGCAUCAUCGUGCUGCGGAACCACCACAUGCGCACCGUCACCAACCUCUUCAUCCUCAACCUGGCCAUCAGCGACCUGCUGGUGGGAAUAUUCUGCAUCCCCACCACCCUGCUCGACAAUCUCAUCACAGGUUGGCCCUUCAACAACGUGGUGUGUAAAAUCAGUGGCCUUGUCCAAGGAAUGUCUGUGUGUGCCUCAGUUUUCACACUGGUGGCCAUUGCGGUCGAUCGCUUCCGCUGCAUCGUCUACCCCUUCAAGCCCAAGCUGAACCUGCUGGUUGCCAAGGCCACCAUCGGCUUGAUCUGGCUGCUAGCGCUGGCCAUCAUGUUUCCCACGGCCCUCAUGCUGACGGUGGAGCAGGAGAGGAACCACCUGGUGGUGCUGGACGACGGGCGCGACAAACGCACGUACCCACUCUACAACUGCUACGAGACCUGGCCCGACCCGGAGAGCCGCAAGGUCUACACCACCGUGCUGUUCGCCCACAUCUACCUGGUGCCACUCACGCUCAUCAUCCUGCUCUACGGACGGAUAGGGGCCAAGCUUUACCACAAGCAAGCCUUGACCAAUGCUGCUGGUGGCGCUGUCAAUGCAACCACCGGCGAGCAGCAGCAGCAUUUGAACCCACCACCAGUGCCGGCGGCGCCAGGCAAGUCGCCCAAGACACAGCGUCGCGUGCGGGUCAUCAAGAUGCUGCUGGUGGUCACGCUGCUGUUCAUGCUCUCCUGGCUCCCGCUCUGGACCCUGCUGCUGUUGACCGAUUACGCCCAGCCAGAGGGGUACAAGCUGCAGCUGCUCACGGGCUACAUCUUCCCCUUCUCCCAUUGGCUGGCAUUUUCCAACUCCAGCAUCAACCCAAUCAUCUACGGCUACUUCAAUAAGAACUUCAAGAAGGGCUUCCAGGUGGCCUGUAGGCCUAGCACUUGGCACCCUCACCGCUCCUGCUGCUGUCUUGGAGAGGUCAGGAACAACGUGGUGGUGGCCAACAGACGGCGUAGGCACAGCUGGGCAAAGAGGGGUCCCAGGGACAUGACCCUGGCGCCCAAUUUGGGGGUGCGCAACCGGGUGCACACAGACAGCGACCUGACGGGGUGCGUGCAUCUGGAGAUGGAGGUCAGGGCGGACAGGGGGCUGAUGGUGGACGUGGGGAACUCGGGGAAAGAAGGGGGCAGCUGCCAUGUGCUGGUGAGCACGGAGCAUCUCAUGAAUGAUGUGGAGGAGGUUUCUCCAAAGCCGGCUGUGUGCUACAAGGCAUGGGAGCUCUGA